UGCCAAACCAAACAUAUUUCCUCAUUUUUAUUCAAAUGCUUUUCUUCAAGUUUCUCUCACUACAAUUUUAUCUCACUAGAUUUUAUUUUCCGUAUAGAGUAGAAAUUGGAUCCUUGGAGUAUUGGAAAAGAAGAAUCCACUCCAAGAAUUAAGGAGGUGUGUUUCUCUCUCUAAAAUCUCACAGUGUUGCAGUAGCUGAACUCUCUUUCUCUCAAGAAGUAACUUUGAAGAAAACCAUUCUGAUAAAUUUAGAUCAAUUCUUAAAUCUGGGUUCCCUUAUUCUCCUUCUAAGCUUAUGAUGGCUAGGUGUUCCUUUGAUUCUUGGUUGUCUACAAUACUAUCACCUUCCUCAUUUGAAUGUGAGCAGCUUUCAUGGAAAUCAAUGUGGCCAAAUAGGAGAAAUUCGGUCCAUUUAUUCCAUGUUUCUGCAAAAUUCUACAGGAGAAGGAAGCUAUUUGGCAAGACCACUAAUGGGUCAUCUGUGAUGGUUCUUUUCAAGCAAGAUGGCUUGGCAACAAAUACCCCUGCAAAUGGACCUCUUGCGGGGAAAUCAACUAUUGGAGAACUACGACCACUCUCAACAUCAGAAGAGAAUCCUGAAGGGGUGAAUUUUGGAAAGGGUGUAAUGGAAUCUACUAUUAGUAUAACAGUUGUUGGUGCAUCAGGUGAUCUUGCAAAGAAGAAGAUCUUUCCUGCAUUGUUCGCUCUUUACUAUGAAGGCUUUCUCCCAAAGCACUUUACUGUUUUCGGCUAUGCACGCAGUAAGAUGACUGAUGAGGAGCUGAGAACAAUGGUUAGCAAAACUCUUACCUGCAGAAUUGAUCAAAGGGAAAAUUGUGGUGACAAGAUGGAGCAAUUUCUAAAGAGAUGUUUCUAUCAUUCUGGCCAAUACAAUUCUGAGGAAAACUUUGCAGAGUUGGACAAAAAGCUAAGGGAAAAAGAGGUCGGAAAAGUACCAAACCGCUUGUUUUACUUGUCGAUUCCUCCAAAUAUAUUUGUGGAUGUGGUGAGAUGUGCUAGUUAUUCUGCUUCUUCUUCCACUGGAUGGACAAGGGUCAUUGUUGAGAAGCCAUUUGGCCGUGACUCAGAGUCAUCAGCAGAGCUCACUAGAUGCUUAAAGCUUUACUUAAAUGAGGACCAAAUUUUCAGGAUUGAUCAUUACUUGGGAAAGGAGCUUGUUGAGAAUCUCUCAGUGUUGCGCUUCUCUAAUCUUGUUUUUGAGCCUCUAUGGUCAAGGAAUUAUAUAAGAAAUGUACAGUUUAUAUUCUCUGAAGAUUUUGGAACCGAGGGUCGAGGAGGGUAUUUUGACAGCUAUGGGAUCAUUCGUGAUAUAAUGCAGAACCAUCUGCUCCAAAUUUUAGCAUUAUUUGCCAUGGAAACACCAGUCAGUUUGGAUGCAGAGGAUAUAAGGAAUGAAAAGGUGAAAGUUUUGCGAUCUAUGAGGCCACUGCAACUCGAUGAUGUUAUAACUGGCCAAUAUAAGGGGCACAUGAAGGGUGGCAAAGCUUAUCCAGCGUAUACUGAUGACCCCACAGUACCCAACGAUAGUCUCACUGCAACAUUCGCAGCAGCCGCACUUUUCAUAGACAAUGCACGAUGGGAUGGGGUUCCGUUCUUGAUGAAAGCUGGAAAGGCUUUGCAUAAAAGAGGUGCAGAAAUAAGAGUGCAGUUCAGGCAUGUUCCUGGCAAUUUGUACAAGCGAACCUUUGGAACCGAUUUGGACAAGGCAACCAAUGAGCUAGUGAUCCGAGUACAACCCGAUGAAACUAUUUACCUGAAGAUCAACAACAAGAUCCCAGGCCUCGGAAUGAGAUUGGAUCGAAGCAAUCUCGAUCUUCAUUAUGCUGCAAGGUACCCACGAGAAAUUCCUGAUGCCUAUGAGAGAUUGCUCUUGGAUGCUAUUGAAGGGGAGCGUCGCCUAUUCAUUCGAAGCGAUGAGCUUGAUGCAGCUUGGGCUCUUUUUAGUCCUCUAUUAAAGGAAUUGGAAGAGAAGAAAAUAGCACCUGAGCUCUAUCCUUAUGGGAGUAGAGGCCCUGUUGGUGCUCAUUAUCUUGCAGCCAAAUACAAUGUUAGAUGGGGUGACCUGAGUAGCGAUGGUCAAGAAUAGUUUCCUUACCUCUUGUAAGUUUUUGUGUUGUGCCUGUUAUAUCACGUAAUGGUCAUUUCCCACCUAUUCAAUUGUUCAUUGUCAGUAUGUAGUGAGUGCCUCGUAUUCUGCUAUCUCAUUGUUAAACAAAUUAUGUUUUUUUAGAGGGUGAAGUUUGCAUAAGGUGUCAACGUUAUGCUAUUGAAGUAAGGUGCUCCUCAAAACUCUGUCGAAAAUACAGUUUUGGUGUUGCGAAUCUUUAUGAUGAUUUGAAAAUC